AUGUCUACAGACAACAUCAUAUAUCCUAGUACGUCAGAUGAUUCAUUCAAAAGGCCAAAUCACGGCUAUGAUUAUACUAAAGGAGCUAAAAGUCAUACUACCAUCGAAUCUUCUUCUAUAAACUACCCUACAAAAAUCUACAAUGAUUCAUUGGUAGCAAAUAGGAAGGAAGUCUCACUCUCCUCAAUGGCAUUCCUUUUCCAACAGAUGAUCAUUCAUUUCCAUAAGGAUAGUAAAACAGUACAUGAAUUUGAAGAAAAAUUGCUCACAAAUGGCUUCCAAAUCGGUUCGAAACUGCUAGAAUUAUUGAACUUUAGGUCAUCAAUAAACCCCACCAAUUCUUCAAGAACUUCGACAUUUCUAUCAUCAAAUACAAAUUUGCCAACACCUAAGAUGCAAUCGCAGACAAGCUACGAUACUACUUCUGGUAACUCUUCAAUCCCAUCAAAUAAUGCCGUUAUAUCGAAGACUACAACUCAGAACACAAUAAGUAACCAAGAAGCUGCUUCUACAAGUCAUUAUUCUUCAAUAGCAAAUACAAUAAAUAAAAUGAAACGUCGUGAUUUGAAGAUUCUAGACAUUUUACAAUUCAUUCAUGGUACUCUCUGGUCUUACCUUUUCAAUCAUGUAUCUGACGACUUGGUUAAAUCAUCUGAACGUAAUAACGAGUACAUGAUAAUUGACAACAAUCCAGUCCUUACGCAGUUUAUAAACAACAACAUAAAAAAUUCGUGCAAUUAUUUCAUGUGUGGGAUUAUUAAUGGAUUCUUGAACAAUGCUGCAUUUAUUUGUAAAGUAACGCCCCAUCGUAUGCCAACAGAGAAUAGCGAUGAAAGAAUCGUUUACUUAAUCAAAUUCGACAGUCAAGUUUUGGAAAGAGAAAACCUGAGAUUCAGUAGUUAG